AUGUAUCCCAUAAAAAAGAGGCCAGAUAUCUACUGUUGGCCCCAGCAUAUUCACAACACAUGGCUGCUUCCAUUCUCUUGCGUGUUCCAUCUGAUCUGUGUCAUCCUCACGAAAGCCGACUGCCUUCUUCCACAGUGCUUGAUCACUAACACCAGCAGGGGCUUCCAUCGAGUCACCAGUUGUAUUAUGGAAUCAGUCUCAGAGGCAACAAUGAGGCGCUUCAAACACACCCUGUCUGUGUCACUUCUGCUUAUACUCAUAUUUACCGCCAACGCUGUUCGCGGUUGUAUCGCCUGCGCGGAUUUUAGUCCCUCAGAACGCUACGGAAUGUUUUUAAGCAUUAUUUUGUACCUCAUGCAACUUACAGUAUUAUUUCCACUUCCAUUUUUUAUCUUUAAUUUCCUUGGCGUUGUUUUACUGAACGUCUUCCUACAGCGUCCUAAACUACAAAGGUCACCUUUGCUGGGACCUUUCAUAUCCUUCCGCGUGGUAACCAGGGGACUUUUUCCAGAGUUAGUCAAUGAGAAUGUUCGGCAAAAUUUACAAAUAUGUGAACAGAUAGGGUUACAUAGUUACAUAUUCGAGGUCGUAACCGACAUUCCACUUAAUCUACAAGCUGGCAACCGAUGUCGAGAGAUUGUUGUGCCGCCUUUCUACCAGACGCCCAGUGGUUCACUUUUCAAAGCUAGGGCACUCCAAUACGCCCUUGAACCCGAGGUCAACAUCCUUGGCCCUGGAGAUUGGAUUGUACAUCUGGAUGAGGAGACUGUACUAACCGAAGAGGCUGUUAUAGGAAUCGUUAACUUUACCGGAUCCGGUGAGUAUUCAUUUGGACAAGGCGUCAUCACUUACGGAAAGGGAAAAGUGGUCAACUGGAUAACAACGCUAGCGGAUUCCAUCAGGGUGGGCAUUGAUUACGGAUGUCUUCGGUUCAGUCUUGGCGUUUUACACAAACCUGUGUUUAGUUGGAAAGGUUCAUUCAUUGUUGCAGACGCAGAAGCAGAAAUGAACACCUCUUUCGAUCACGGACCCGACGCUUCGUAUGCUGAAGAUUGCUACUUUGCCUGCAUAGCAUUCAGCAAAGGCUACAAGUUUGGCUUUAUUGAAGGAGACAUGUUGGAAAAGAGUACGUUCACUGUGAAAGAUUUUAUCCAACAGCGUCGGCGCUGGAUGCAUGGCAUUCUGUUAACAGCCCUCAGCAAGAAAAUCCCGCUCCGAUACAAAGUGGGUCCGAUCCUAAUGAGCUUCUCAGGCUGUGCCAUGCCGCUAAACAUGCUCCUGUUUCCACUGGGCAUGAUCUGGCCAAUGCCGAUGUCUCCAUUCAUCGCUGCAGUUUACAGCUUCAUCAUCGGCACCAUCAUCUAUCUCUUCAUCCUGGGAACCUUGCAGACAUUUUGCGUCCAGCAGCAUGGCGUUGUCAAAUGUUGCCUUCUGACUGUGGCCACAAUCUUGUGUGGACUUAUAGCAUGCGUUCUAGAGAAUAUUGCAUCCAUCCUGGUGUUUUGGACUCCACGAGUUUCCAUAAAGACCUUCUACGUGGUGAACAAGGAAGUCCAAAGUGAAUAUGUAAAAGUUGUAUGA